AAAAGACUUCAAAGGAUGAAGUGGAAAUUUGAACUCAAGUGGAUGUGUGCAUACCAAGAACACUUUUGGCCAAAUAUUUAUUUAUUUAUUACAUGUAUAGCCUGCUCUUUCUCUGAGGAGCUCAGAGCGGUGUACGUGGUUAUUUUAUCCUCACAACAACCAUGUGAGAGCCAUUUAAAAAGCUACAGAGCAAGAUACCGCCUCAGAGAAAGUCAAAGGCAAGCUAUUGAUAUACAGCAAGGACAAAAUGUACUGAAAUUUAUUCAAGAUUGUUUUGAAACUUGUGCCAAAGAAUGUACAGUAAACUCCCCUAGUUCAUCAUCAUGUUCAUCACCAGAUCUGAAUCAAAUUCAGGUUCCAUCUAACAGAAAAGAGAAAGAACAGCGAGGUCCUGAUAAAAUUAACUAUGUGAUGAGUGCCUUUAAUACCUUCACUUUCUUACCAUCACCAGAUAGAAAAGACAGGAGUUCAGAUGAGGAUGCUGAUGUAUCCUUGGGAUCACCUGCUCUUCUGGUGGAAGAAGAACAGAAAUCAUCAGUAUGCAAAUUAAAUUUUGAGGAAGAUGCAGUUGUUACAGAGAUGCAGAAAAGCAGAGAUAUUAGAGAAUCUCCGGAGUAUCGUGCAAGCAAAGAAAUAAAGGAAUUUUCUGUUGAAGAAUCAAAGUGUUUUGCUGUAUCUUCUACUCAAAAAAAUAAGUCCAAAUCCUUGGAACCAUUAGAGAACAUGCCAAGAUCUUCUAUGCAAAGGAACACAGUAGACAUGGAGCCAGAAAAUGAGUGGGAAUUCUUAAUAGAAGAAUCAUUUGGGAUACCUUCUACAUCUUGGAUUUCAGUCCCUCAGAAGAACAAAAAGCCAGAGAAAAGGCGCUUAACAGCUACGUUAUCUGAAGAAAAAAAGGCAGCCAAGCAGCAGAGCAUAAAAAGGAAAGAUAAAAGGGCAUCAAAGAAACCUACUGUUGCACCAACCCCAAUAAAACAAACCAAAAUGAAGUUAACAGAUGUUACUGAAAGAACUGUUGAUGAAUUCCAGAAAGUUUCAAGGACAAGUGGAAGAACUCUGGUAAAUGAUCAGCCCCAGCUGUUUGCAAGAACCACUCAACAAGCUAGGAAGCAAACUCAUUCCAAAGGUGAGCCAUCAGUAGAAAUACAUAACAAAGACUCCCAAGAGUCUUCAAGGGAAAACCUUCACUUAGAAGAUCAGGCUGCUUAUCUGGAAGAGGACCACAGUCUUCCAGUGCAGCCACCGACUGUUGUACGUUCAGAAGUUAAGCCACUGGUGAAAAUGCAUAAUGAACUGCAUCAAGAAACUAGAAGCAUAGAUAUGCACUUGGAAGACAAGGUUUCUGUUUUAGAAGGUGACCACAAUGUUUCAAAGGUAUUGCUGCCUGUGCCAAGUACAAUUCAGCAGUUAUCUUGCAGUAAAAAAGCGAUGAAGCAAACGUGCUCAAAAAUGGAAGAUGAAACAUCAGCAAAAACGCCUAGUGGAGAUUACCAGGAGUAUCUACCUACAGACAUGUCCUCAAAGGUUUGUCAAGAGUCUAAAGAUACAACUGCACACUCUGAAGACCAGGAUUCUGUUAUAGAACAUAAUCGUCUUUCAGUACUGCCAUUGAUACCUUUAUUCCAACAGUUAUCCAAUUGCAAACCAGUUAAGAAGCAUAAGUCUUCAAAAGAAGCAAAAGCUUCUAAAACAAAGCUAUCUAAACAAUCGAAACCUCAAAAGAACAAUAUUAAAAUAUAUAAUGUUGGAACAAAAAGAAGAAAAAUCAGAGUACUGACUUCGGAGGAGAGUUCCGAAAGUGAACAUGGAGAAGAACAGUGUGAUAAAUGGGCCAAUAACCCUCAUGAGCAAAGUAGGCAGACUGACUUGAGAGAGACACCUCAUAUUAGUCCAAAAGUAAGACAGACUUUUUUGGUAAGUCCUGAUGAUGAUCAUGGAAAUGCAUCACACCAAGAGGAUUCUUGCGAACGGUUUUCUUGUUCACCAGAUGCAAAGCUGAAUGACCUCAGUGGCCCAGUUUUGAAGCAGAAUUAUAAAUCUUCAUCCAAAUGUAAAAAGUCCUUGAACACAGAGUCAACAACAUCAGAUGAAUCUAUGGACUCAGAGGAAGACUUGGAUGUUUUGGUUACAGAUUCACUAAAGCAUAAACUGGUGAUGCCUACCAACACUCCGAAUGUUCGUCGAACCAAAAGAAUGCGUCUUAAACCACUGGAGUACUGGCGAGGAGAACGUGUGAACUAUAAGACGAGACCUUCAGGAGGUUUUGUCGUCAAUGGGAUAAUAUCACCUGAACAGAAACAACCCAGAAAAUCUAAAAAGACAAUAAAACCUGUUUUGCAGUCUGAGAAUUUAUUGGAUGACGUGAUGGUUUCUAUAAAAGAUCCUUCUCAACCAGCUACUGUGUUUGAUGCAGCAUCUAAUCAAGAGGUUCUUCUAGAAUGCGUGAGCAGUGGCAGUUCACACUUGCUUUUCGUCAAUAAUGAAACAGUAUCGGUAUAUAAAUAUCUGACUACACCAUUCUUUUCUGCUGGCAAAAUGAUAUUGAAGCCAUUAAAAGAAAAGGGAUAUCAGUAUUCCCACUCAGAUACACUGGUUUUUCACAUUAUUUGUGGCAAACUUCUUUUGAUGCUGUAUGAACAAUGUUAUUGUUUGACUGCUGGAGACUAUUUCUAUAUUCCAGCUGGGAAUGUAUACAACAUACGUAACCUCUUGAAUAAGGAAUGUGUGGUCCUGUUCACACAACUGAAAGGAAAGAGGCAGGAAAAUGAAUAAUUCAUCCUUGUCCAUAUUUCUUGGAGCAACUCUAAGAUAAUUUCAUGCUAAACAUCGGAGGGAUUCUCAGGAGCCCUACUUCAUUACAGACACUUCGUUAUGCUGUUUCCAGGACCACAAAAUAAAUGUUCUUUUCCAGCAGA